AAGCAUCCUCAUCUCCCGAACAGUAAUCUGGCAGAUGACCUCCGUGACAGCCUCCCUCCUGACGCUGGCCUGGUCGGUGGCUUCCUUCGUCCGCGCCGUCAGACUCUGCGAACCGACGCUGGGGAACCUCAGCAUCCUUGAUCUCGUGCUUCUUACUCUCUCCCACUUCUGCUCCAUCGCCGGGCAGGUCAUGAGCUUCUCCCUUUUCGCGUCGAAGCUCCUGGUGGCGUUCGUGCUGGUGGUCGCUUUCCACUGGGUGCUCAUGUCCCUGUGGGUGCUCUCGCAGCUCCUGUGCUUCCCCCGCACGGCCUCCACGCGCGCCGCCUUCGCCCACGACCGCCAGCGCGGCCUCUGCCACCAGCUCGACGACGUCCUCUACGCGGGCGCCAUGGGCCUGGUGUUCCUCUUCACCUUCGUGGACGUGGGGGGCGUCGCUCCCAAGACGCAGAGCCUCAUGUACCACGUCCUGAGGCUGCUGGAGGAGGCCGUCCUGCUCACUGUGUGGUUCAUCUGGGUGGAGGGGUCGGAGUGGUACCACUGGCUGCCCAUCUUCCUGGUCCCGGUCCUCUUCUGCCUUAACCUGGCCUUUGACACCCUCCUGACAGUGAACUCGACUCCCUCCCGCUGCGCCCCCCUCUCCGCCUCGCCCGUCCCCGUCUGAGUCUUCAAAAGUCCUUCUUCAAAACAGCUCUCGGAUCACCCAAAGGAGAUUCCAGGAACUUGAAGGAGGUCCUCGUCUGCAAAGGCGGCUUGGGUGUGCUGCCCGAAAAGGAAUUCCGAAACGCGAGGGAGA